AUGAAGAUUAACGAAAAUUUUAUGAAGACAAGUACUCUCUAUGAUACAAUCCAAGCGUUGGGAGCAGAAGCGAUUCAAUGGUUUGCAAAACUACUGAUAAUCAUCGGCGCGAUCAUCUCUUGUUUAGCUAUGUUUGGCUACUUUGGUGCUCUCUGUCAUACUCGAAUUUUGCUCUAUAUCUAUUCGAUUGCACUUUCAUUGACAAUCAUAUUCGAAUUUGUGGGUAUUAUUGCUAUGCUAAGUUUUCAUAAUAAUCUUUGGGAAUUCUACGAUGCCGGUUUUACGAAGAUAUUUCAAGGUGCCUAUCGAAACAACCAAACAAAAACUAUUGAGAUCAUGUCAAAAUUAGAACGAGAAUUUCACUGUUGUGGCGUUAACAGUAUAGGAGAUUAUAUCAAAUCUGACUAUCGGAUUCCUUUAUCCUGCUAUCCGAACCAAGUACCUCAAGAGAAACCGUUCAAUCAAGGUUGUGCUGAAGCUAUCGUAAUUUGGAUUUGGAAUGAAUUGCCAUUGAUUACUGGAAUAUUCGGUACUAUACUCCUAAUCGAAAUCUUUGUUGUAGUCGCAUCGUUAGUGUUGGGCGUCGCUAUUGCACAUUCAGCAAAUACAGAAAUCUACUACAAGUUGUAG